UAGUCCGCGUUGUCUAGCUCUUGGAUAGCACACAUUGCCUAUAUCGACAGUUCUUCGUAUAUUCAGGAUAGUAAAUCACACAAGCAGAACACCUCCCUAGCCAUGACGGCCAUCACAAAAACAACACGCGGCCCCGACGGCACACAGUCAACCCUGACAUACCGUCUCCCCCCCCAGACAACCCCCUUCGCCCCCUCCCAAAGCCAAGCCAUGCCGUCCUCGUGCUCCUUUUCCGUCUACUGUCGCAGCUUGUCGUACUACGUAUACUCGAUGAACACAGCCGCCCACGACGCGCACCCCCUCGAGGGACAGCACUGCCUCGCGGUGCAGGACCUCACGUCCGAGCGCCGGGUCGGCUACAACGCCGAAUGCUGGCCCGAGAACUACUUCGCGCUGUUCGACAACGAGUGGGGCGAACUGAACGGCGCGCCGAGGAGCGGCAACGAAGGGAGCGCUUCGACGGCUGCGUUCCCCGGGGAUAAGUGUCUGGCGGGGUGGACGGUGGCGUGUACGACGACGGUUACGGCUGGAGGCGGCGACAUAGACGACAGUCACAACAGCAACGGCAACAGGAACGGAUCCGAGAAUAGGAACCCGGGCAACGAAAGAGUGCGCGAGCUCUACCCCCAAGCAUGGUGCUGUCCCCCCGGCCAAUGGACCUGCGCCACCGCCACCGCCCAAGGCGACAGACAGGCCCCCCAACGGCUAUGCCAGAGCUACCUGACCGGGUCCGCAAGCACCGACAUCUGGAUGUACUGGGACCCCGAGUUCAACACCCAGAUCCCCGACGGCUCGACCUCGAGCCUCUUCGAGGCGUACACCUGGACCGCCGACGUCCCCGGGGAGCCCGACCCGGCACACGCGGCCACCGUGUUCCGCAAGGUGUUUCCGCUGGUGCUGAGUAGCAGCGCCGGCGCCGGCGCAGACACUAGCACUAAUACCAAUACCGAUACCAAUAAUCCGGGCUUGGGGGCCGAGGCCUCGGAAGAACCAGCAGUAGUAGUUACGGUCACGGAGAUCGUCACGCUAGAGCCGACCCCGAGGACAGCAGCGGCGCGGGAUCGAAGAACGGAACCGGCGCCGGCAAUCGCGGUCGGGGGACCGCUACUGCCGCCCGGGGCCCACAUGCUGACGUCGAGGUGUCUGGCAGCGGUCCUUCUGGGGGCUGCGUUCGCGACGGCGGUUAUGUCGUUUUUCGGGGUCGUGCUGCUGUAUCGCGGGAGGAGGACGAGGACGAGGCGGCGGGAGGAGCCGAGGUAUCGCGGGGUUUCUGUGCUCGCUCCUGCUGACGAUACUGUUUCCAAGGCGUCUCGAGAGGAUGCUGCUGGCAAAUGUGAAGUGGGAGUUCUGUUCCAGCCUCGGGAGGUGGAGACCAGUUGAAGACAGGCCACCCGUCUGAAUUAGGAGUAUAGUGUUAGGUAGGCUUGUGAGGAUCUGCUUCGUAGGUAUCCUUGAGUCUUGUCAAGAGUAGCUAUUAUUAGUCCAGGUUGCCUUUUUCUUCAAUCUAUUAAUAUAGGAUUGUUCUAACCUAGUCGGUGCUCUCGAUCUUACAAUCUACCUACUUGGUAUAUACGUUCCAUAGAUUAGGUAGGUUACCAAGCCUCACAAUUCACCAGACUAAAAAAAAAAAAAGGACAGCAAAGUCGUAUAAGAAAAAUCGAAUCUAUAAGAUUUGUUUUUCACAGCCAAUAGGUGCUACCGUGACGACCUAUCUAUUAAAUCUGAUGUUGCCGCCCGUACUCCGUAUAAAGCGAAAUUCGAGAUAAUUCAUAAGUCAUGAAACCGCCCUUUUUCGGUUCGCAUUGAACCUACUAUGCUGCAUCGCAUAUUGUCUGCUAGACGUCUUUUAUAAUUAUAUCCCCUGCCAUGAAAAAAAAAAAAAAAAGAAAUAUGC